AUGCCGGAAAAUAGUGGUCGCGGGGCACCUGCUGCCGCAAAUGGGCAGGAGGGAGGUGGAGGAAAGUCGAUGUUCCAAACCAUUGUUCAGGGCAUCGCCAUUUUCGCCGCCACCCAAUUCGUUGUCAACCAGUUCUUCGGCUCCAAGACUGCGUCCACUAAUGGAGGUUCUCCUGCCAGCAGCGUCGAUUUCAAAGACCGACCGGAUGCGACCGCCGUGGCCAACUAUUCAGCAAUCCCGUUGAACAUUGUCCCCAUCUGGCCUGAAGACAGCUCGCUCGAUGUCAAGAUUUACGUCUCAUCGCUGAACACUCUUCCUGCCUUGAGCUCGCUCCCGAAGGAUAGCUUGAUCCUCGAUGAGAAGGAUUUCAAGCAGGGAGACUACAAGGACAGCCGCGAAAUUGAGACUACGAUUGCUGUUCCAAAGGAUGUUCAACAUAACGCUACUUUGUGGGCACAUUUCUUCGUCGGGCUGACGGGGAGUGAGAUCGAUCCGAAGGCCAAAACAUAUGAUCCGGCCAAGGCAUAUCACUUCCAGCGACCCUUGAACCACUACAACGCCAAGAAGAGAGUUCGCAAGUUGAAGAACUUGCUUGACAAGAACGCGGAGCCUGAAGAGGAGGUGGAAGAGCCCCAGGGAGUGCAAAUCGCUUCAUACUACCAUCCGAAUUUCACGUUGGCGUUGAUACCCAACACUGGGACCCAAGCUUGGCGGCAGAUGCAUCCUGCCAUCCGGAGCAAUAUUGUUUUGGAAGGUAGUGGUGCACGAGAUGCAUCGGGUCAGAAUGGAUGGUACUAUCCUGUUUUCUACCUGAACACGUUUUGGCAAUUGCGAUCACAUAUGAUGGAACUUAACGACACGGUCACCGAGGUGCCUCUGAAGUUCAAGUUGUACAAUUUGGUCAAUUGGCAAUAUUCGAUGCUGGCCAGCAUUGAUGAUUCGAUGAAACAGCAGCAACAACAGGCGGCAUUUGGUGCACCGUCACCGACUGGUGGAGAUGGUAGCGAGAUGGAGAAGUUCAAGGAGAUCUUGCUCGACACGAAUUCGUAUCUACUUGGUACGACAUUUGUCGUUAGUAUUUUCCACAUGGUCUUCGAAGGACUUGCAUUCAAGAGCGAUAUCGCACAUUGGCGGAAGAAGAAGGAUGUGAUUGGCACAUCUGUGCGGACCAUCCUUGCCAACGUGUUCAUGCAGGCCAUCAUUUUCUUGUACCUGGUCGACAAUGCCGAUGGGACCAGUUGGAUGAUUCUGGCAGGUCAAGGGUUUGGUAUUCUACUGGAAGCGUGGAAGAUCACCAAGACGGUGGAUGUCCGCCUCCGCGAACCAGGACCAGACUCGUCGUUCAAGUUCCUGCCUUAUGUUAUCACCUUUGAGGACAAACACAAAUUGACCGAGAAGGAAAAGCAGACGCAAGAGUAUGACCAAAUCGCGUUCCGGUAUCUCUACAUUGUGGCCAUUCCGCUUCUCGGGGCGUAUGCUGUGUAUUCACUGGUGUACGAAACGCACAAGUCAUGGUACAGCUUCGUGAUUGAGACACUGGUGGGCAGCGUGUACGCGUAUGGAUUCUUGAUGAUGGUGCCGAGUCUCUACAUCAACUACCGGUUGAAGUCUGUGGCACACAUGCCGUCCAAGGCGAUGACGUACAAGUUCUUGAACACGUUCAUUGACGAUCUGUUUGCAUUUACGAUUCGAAUGCCGACGUUGCAUCGGCUGGCCACAUUGAGAGAUGAUGUGAUUUUCUUCAUCUGGUUGUAUCAAAAGUACAAGUAUCGGGUUGAUUACUCUCGAGUCAAUGAGUUUGGGCAGGGGGGUGACAGCGAUGACGAGGGCGAGGGAGCGGAGAAAGUUGAGGGAGAUGGUGAAGGUGUCAAGAAGGCGUUGGACCAAGACACGAAGCUGUUGAAGCCUAGUGCUCCGGUGGCUAGUGCUACGGGGGCGGAGAAGAAGGCGGGUGCGAAGAAGAGGAAGUCCUGA